GUUUUGUUCACAAGUCAUACAAAAGAACAUUGAUUUUGUAUAGAGUUGUGAAAACUUCAUUGCGUUUGCAAUCUUUCAGUUUAAUAGUUAAAGUAAUGUAAUAUUGUUAACAUUUAAUGUGUUUAAUAAAAUUUAAGUUAAUUAUCCGAUAAUAAGUUACACCAGAAGAAUGCUAUUUACAAGACUAUCGACACGAUUGCUGACCAGUGGAGGGGCGGGUCCGGUGGCCAUACGGCGAGGGCUCAGCGAAAUCACAUACAAGGGACAGAACUUGCCGUUUGAUAUCACAAACCAUCGCCUGUUGGCCAUCAAGUUUACCAUCUUCUUUGGCGUCCCGUUUGCCGUACCAUUCAUUUUGGUCAGGUAUCAGCUGAAGAAGGCGGCCGGACAUUAUCCUUGAAACUGAUCCGCCGAAGAUUGAUCAUUGAUUGACCAUUAAGUCUGCCGUAUAUUACUCUCUAGUAUUAGAAAACCGUUUAUAAUAAAUAUGAAUUUUAUUUACUAUAUA